AAUUAUAUGCAUUAAAUGAAAGGAAUGAUUCAAACCUCAUACUUCCAAUGUAUAUUUUUUAUGUUAAAGACUAUAUAUCCUGAUAGAAUCAAAAGUAUAUUAUAAGAAACUUGGAUGGCCAUACAAAAUUUCAUUUUAUGUUUCCUAAUUUUCUUCCUAAGUUAUGGAAUCCUAAUUCCAACACAGUGCCUUGGUAAAAUAUGUCUACCAAAAGAACAUGUUGCAUUAUUUGUAUUUGGAGAUUCAUUAUUUGAUGUUGGAAACAAUAACUUUAUCGAUACUACUACUGAUAAUCAGGCAAAUUACCCACCAUAUGGUGAAACCUUCUUCAAGUAUCCAACUGGUAGAUUUUCUGAUGGACGUGUCAUUCCAGAUUUCAUAGCUGAGUAUGCUAAGUUGCCAUUAAUUCAAUCAUAUUUUCCUCGUGUUCAAGAAUAUGUUAAUGGAAUCAAUUUUGCAUCAGCAGGAGCUGGGGCUUUAGUUGAAACACAUGAAGGACUGGUGAAAGAUCUAAAGACUCAAUUGACUUAUUUCAAGAAUGUUAAGCAAGAAUUGAGGCAGAAACUAGGAGAUGCAGAAACUACAACUCUGUUGGCCAAAGCAGUUUACUUGAUUAACAUUGGAAGCAAUGAUUAUUUUUCAGAAAAUUCCAGCUUAUACACUCAUGAAAAAUAUGUAUCCAUGGUAGUUGGUAAUCUCACAGAUGUGAUCAAAGGAAUACAUGAGAUUGGUGGGAGGAAAUUCGGGAUUCUUAACCAACCAUCUCUUGGUUGUUUUCCAACCAUCAAGGCAUUUGUAAAUGGAACUAAAUCAGAUUCUUGCAUUGAAGAGUUUUCAGCACUUGCCAAACUGCAUAACAAUGUGCUUUCUGUGCAACUUAACAAGUUAAAGAAACAGAUCAAAGGAUUUAAAUAUUCAUAUUUCAAUUUCUUUGACUUUUCUUAUGAAUUCAUAAACAACCCAUCCAAAUAUGGUUUGAAAGAAGGAGGAGUGGCAUGCUGUGGUAGUGGCCCUUACAAUGGAUAUUACAGUUGUGGAGGUAAAAGAGAAGUGAAAGAUUAUGACUUGUGUAAGAAUCCUUCUGAAUAUGUGUUUUUUGAUGCCAUUCAUGCUACUGAAAGUGCUAAUAGAAUUAUUUCCCAAUUUAUGUGGAGUGGAAAUCAAAGUAUCACUGGCCCAUACAAUUCAAAACACUAUUUGAAGAAUAAUUCAAUCAUAUAUAUUCACAUUAAUUAUCAAAGUUGUUUGCACUAGAAGACAAAAUACAUGUACUGGUGUUUUCUUGGUGAAUAACUGAAAGAAUACUUUUCUUAUACAUUGUGUCAUUAAUUUCUUUGACAAAACAAUGUGUCAUUUCUCUCAAAAAAAACAAUGUGUCAUUUUCUUCUUUUUUUGCUCCUUUGUAUUUCCCCCACUAGAUUAGGAUAUUAUCAAAAAUAUAAAAUAUAAAUAAAGAUAUAUAGUCAAGUUUCCAUCCUUCAGGAAAAGUAUAUACUCGUGUUAUUGAAAAUAGAAAAGGAGAAACACAGAACAAAAACCCAAAUUUUUGUUUCUCACACAAACUAUGGACUUUUUAUUUGUUGUCUCAAACAAAAUGGUUCUUGUCAGGCGAAUAGUUGGAAAUGCAACUUCUUUGCUCUUUUGAUUUGGCCUUUUACUCUUUGACCUAAAUUGCUACAAUGUGUUGGAAACAAUGUUAAAGUACAAUGAAUUCAGUGUUGACAUAGAUUUAUAAUAUGAGUUAGGCUAACGAGUGUUCUUAGGGCACUUGUUAAAGAUUCAAAAAUAGAGAUAUUUGUUAAAUUUUAUGUAGAAAAAAAUUACUUUUUGUUGUUUCAAUGUCUUGAAUGCACAAUUUUCAAGGUAAAAUUUCCACUUUAAACUUCUAAACAAGUGCUCUAAGAGCAUUUGUUAGCAUUUCUCUUAUAAUAUUUACAUGAAUUGAGCAUUUUUCAUCUGGUUUCUUGCAAAAUAAGUUAAAAAGCACCCUAAAAUAUAUAGGUAAAUUAACACCAUUUUGGCACUUGUCACGUACCGGAGGGGAGAGACCCCUAUUUAUAGUGAUGUAUUAUGGUGAUAUCCUGAUUCACCCUACAACUUGGGAUUAAUUCCAGGACUCUUGCACUUUCAAGAGAUUUUUCUCACUAUAAUCAAAUCCUGAUUACAACAAUAACA